AUGCGCAAUAUCCUUGACAUCGUACCGAUACUGUCAUUCAUUUCAUUGGCAUGCGCGCUCAGCUCGCCACCGAGCGGUGCCAUCACUGUUGGCACUGGCGGGAAAUAUGCACAGCUCAGUGAUGCAAUGGCCGACACGUCAAGCAAUGUGUAUUUCGUGUUCUCUGGCACGUACACAGAUACUGUAAAGAUUACGCGGAGCAACAUCAAAGUCUUCGGUCAGACAAGUACCAACCUCUCUUACACAGGCAACACCGUCACAAUCACAAACAACAUUCCCGCUUCCGUCGCGGGAUCUGACGAAGCUAGCGGGACUGUGCAAGUCACCGGGUCCAGCGUUUCGCUGUACAACCUAAACAUCGCCAAUACAUACGGCAAGCCGGUUGACCAAGCUCAGGCUAUUGCUCUUGCCACGUACGGAACUCAAUUCGGCGGAUACGGUUUGAAGAUCACAGGUGAUCAAGAUACUCUCCUGGCCAACGUCGGGCUUCAAUACUUCAAGAAUUGCUGGAUCGAAGGCGCUGUUGACUUUAUUUUCGGACAACAAUCUUCGAUUUGGAUCUCUACGAGUAUUAUCAACACGAUCGGGUCGGGCGCAAUCACCGCCUCAGGCCGUAGCUCGGACGACUCCAAUUGGUAUGUUAUAGAUCACAGCACCGUUCAGGGUACAGGCACUGUAUUCCUCGGCCGGCCGUGGAGAGACUAUGCACGGGUCGUCUUUCAGAACACCGCACUGGGAAGUAAUGUUCAACCAGCGGGUUGGGAGGAAUGGAGCACCGCGACGCCAAACACCGACCACGUCACAUUUGCGGAGUACGGCAACACCGGCGCAGGCGCAUCUGGAACCCGGGCAAGCUUUGCGACGAAGCUUUCCGCGCCCAUCGCAACAGCGACGGUUAUCGGAAGCUCGUACAAGAGCUGGAUCGAUGCGGCGUGGUUGUGA